AUGAAGUUCCUCAGCGUCUUGUCCCUGGCCAUCACUCUCGCCGCGGCGGCUCCCGUCGAAGUUGAGACCGGCGUCGCCCUCGAGACCCGUCAGUCGUCCACCCGCAACGAGCUCGAGACCGGCAGCAGCUCCGCCUGCCCCAAGGUCAUCUACAUCUUUGCCCGUGCUUCGACUGAGCCUGGUAACAUGGGAAUCAGCGCAGGCCCCAUCGUCGCCGACGCCUUGGAGAGAAUCUACGGCGCCAACGACGUCUGGGUCCAGGGCGUGGGCGGCCCCUACCUCGCCGACCUGGCCUCCAACUUCCUGCCCGACGGCACCUCCUCGGCCGCCAUCAACGAGGCCAGGCGCCUCUUCACCCUCGCCAACACGAAGUGCCCCAACGCGGCCAUCGUCUCGGGCGGCUACAGCCAGGGCACCGCCGUGAUGGCGGGCUCCAUCUCGGGCCUCAGCACCACGAUCAAGAACCAGAUCAAGGGCGUCGUGCUCUUCGGGUACACCAAGAACCUGCAGAACCUGGGCCGCAUCCCCAACUUCGAGACGUCCAAGACCGAGGUCUACUGCGACAUUGCGGACGCGGUCUGCUACGGCACCCUGUUCAUCCUGCCGGCGCACUUUUUGUACCAGACUGAUGCGGCUGUUGCGGCCCCGCGCUUCCUCCAGGCCCGCAUUGGUUAA